GGCCACUGCUCCCCGGGGUUCUGAGAGGCGCGGCGGGGCCGGGACGGCGACCGGGGGUCUGUGGCGCGGCCAUGCGUGGAGGUGGCGGCAGUCGCAAGCCCGCAGCCGCCGCCGGGCGCCGUAUGGCUUGAAGAGCCUGGUCACCCUGUGGCCCCAUUGCCCCAAUGGAUCCACUGAACCUGUCCUGGUAUGAGGAUGACCUGGAGAAUCAGAACUGGAGCCGGCCCUUCAAUGGGUCUGAAGGCAAGGGCGACCGACUUCAGUACAACUAUUAUGCCAUGCUGCUAACCCUCCUUAUCUUUAUCAUCGUCUUCGGCAACGUACUAGUGUGCAUGGCUGUGUCCCGUGAGAAGGCGCUGCAGACCACCACCAACUACCUGAUCGUCAGCCUUGCUGUGGCCGACCUCCUGGUGGCCACACUUGUCAUGCCCUGGGUUGUCUAUCUGGAGGUGGUGGGUGAGUGGAAAUUCAGCAAGAUUCACUGUGACAUCUUUAUCACCCUGGAUGUCAUGAUGUGCACAGCGAGCAUCCUGAAUCUGUGUGCCAUCAGCAUCGACAGGUACACGGCUGUGGCUAUGCCCAUGCUCUACAACACACGCUACAGCUCCAAGCGCAGAGUCACUGUCAUGAUUGCCAUUGUAUGGGUCCUGUCCUUCACCAUCUCCUGCCCAUUGCUCUUUGGGCUCAACAACACGGAUCAGAACGAGUGCAUCAUCGCCAACCCUGCCUUCGUGGUCUACUCCUCCAUCGUCUCCUUCUAUGUGCCCUUCAUCGUCACCCUGCUCGUCUACAUCAAGAUCUACAUGGUCCUCCGCAAGCGCCGCAAGCGGGUCAACACCAAGCGUAGCAGCCGCGCUUUUAGGGCCACCUUGAAGGCUCCACUCAAGGGCAACUGCACUCACCCUGAGGACAUGAAACUCUGCACUGUUAUCAUGAAGUCUAAUGGGAGUUUCCCAGUGAACAGGAGGAGAGCGGAUGCUGCCCGCCGAGCCCAGGAGCUGGAGAUGGAGAUGCUGUCCAGCACCAGCCCGCCUGAGAGGACCCGCUACAGUCCCAUUCCACCCAGCCACCACCAGCUGACCCUCCCUGAUCCAUCUCAACAUGGCCUCCACAGCACCCCUGAUAGCCCCGCCAAACCAGAGAAGAAUGGGCAUGCCAGAGACCACUCCAGGAUUGCCAAGUUCUUUGAGAUCCAGACCUUGCCCAAUGGCAAAACCCGGACCUCUCUCAAGUCCCUGAGCCGCAGGAAGCUGUCCCAACAGAAGGAGAAGAAAGCCACCCAGAUGCUUGCCAUUGUUCUCGGCGUCUUCAUCAUCUGCUGGCUGCCCUUCUUCAUCACCCACAUCCUGAAUAUACACUGUGAUUGCAACAUCCCGCCUGUCCUGUACAGCGCCUUCACGUGGCUGGGCUAUGUCAACAGCGCCGUCAACCCCAUCAUCUACACCACUUUCAACAUCGAGUUCCGCAAGGCCUUCAUGAAGAUCCUACACUGCUGACUGUGCUGCAGCCUGCUUCUCACCUCCUGGCCCAGGCCAGCUGGGCCUCAAUCCCUGGGUACCAGAGUCAGGAGGGCACAGGGGGCUCAGCCUUCUCUCUGCCCCCACAGGCCAUGCAGUGUUAGCUUGGCAGCACGCCCUUCACUGCGCACACGUCAUCUGUCUGCCAGGGGAGAGCUAGACAGCUGCGCCUCAGGCAAGCCCCUUGGGCUGGACCCCAUGAUUUGGCAGUUCAUGGAGCCGCCUCGUCACCCCCUCCCCUAUCUCAGCUCCCUCUCCUUGGCACCAAAGAUGCAGCCACUUCCUUUGACCUUUCUUUGAAGCCCAGGAGCUGUUGAGACCAGAGUCAGGGCUAAGAGAUCAAGCCCUCUAUGGGGCUUCAUUAGCCUUUUCUGGAAAGUGGGGAGGGGCAGACUCUUCACACACCCCACAAGGUCCAGACUAGGGAAGCCAGAGCUCUUGCCAUGGGCCUGGGAAACUUGAGUCCUGGGAGACCCCUGUAAAUACCAGAUGGCAGGAAGGACCCCAGAGACAUUCAAGCCAAAAAUCUUCGCUUCAUCUCCCCCACCCAAGAGGAGCCUUGCUCCUCGUUGCAGUGGCCCUACCUGCCUCACUCAACCCUGCUCCCCGCAAGGUUUGCACACCCUGAAGAGAGCCCCCCUAUCUCAGGGCCUUGAGAGACUAUGGGGAUGCCAUCUUGCCAACUUCUGGUAGCAGAUGCUGAGCCAGCCUGGGGGCAGGCAGGGAAGGCAGGUUUGGGAUUGUGUCUGGGGUCCUGUGGGGCUGCCUUCUGUUACCCCAUACUGCAAAACCACCCUCCUUUUCUAUGCCUUUGCCCCCUUCUCUCUCCCGGGACCCUUUCCCUGCGCCUUAGAGGAGACCAUGGCUCAGAGGUUGCUCCUGACCAUUGGUCUGGUCUGGCCCUGCCCUGAGGGUGGAGGGAAAACUGCAGCGUAGGGGUGGCCUCAGGCCUCAGACUCUGUAACAUGCUCCAAACUAAUAAAACAUUGACUAGAGACA